UGCAAAUACAUCGAGCCCAGUAACCUAACUUCGGGAUUUGGAGGGACACUUGUGUACGAUCAUGAUCAAUGGGUGAUCAUGCAGAUGGCACUAGAGAAGUUCAAUUUCGAGGCGAUGUCCUUGUUGACAAAACUGGAGGAAAUUCACGAAAGUUUAAUACACCAGGAUUAUGCCGAUGAUUUGGUGACCUUGCGCGAGCAAGUGAAACACAAUCAGCAUGUCAGAAAAUGGAUUAUCAAGGCGCCUAUCGAAACACUGGAGGAAGAAGGAAGUAAACUACUGGAGUGGAUAACCGAGAAUAAAUUAAAACACCCCGACGCGGCCAGCGAGGACUGGAACACAACUAGUGCUAGGAUUAAAACAAUUUUAGAAAAUUUACACGGGAAAAGGGAAAAGUUAAAGGACUCGUGGCAUAUCAGGAAACACAGGCUAGAACAAUGCAUCCAGUAUCAUCUUUUUCAACUAGAUGCUGAGAAGAUGAGACAAUGGAUCAAGGAAAGUCAGGUGGACCUUGUAGCAAAUUUUAGUGAAGUUGGCACGGACGAAAGUUCUUGCACAGAGCUGGAGAACGAACAUCAAAAUAUACAGAAUUCAUGCAACGAAAUAUCUGAGAACAUUAAGAAAAUCCUCGAAGGAGCAGAAAAGUUAUUACAAUCGGGACAUUAUGAAGCGGAUCUUAUUGAAUCAAUAGCCGGUUCGUUAGAACAAGAGUGGAAACAAUUCGCUAUGGACAUAAAUGAGCGUGGUAAUUUGCUCGCUUGUUCAGUCGGUUUUCACAAGAAGAGUGAAGAGUUUUUACGCCGUGUACGAACGUGGCAAGACCAUCUGCACGACGAUAGCUACUCGAACCUCACUGAUAUCGAUCAAUUGAGUCAGUUAUUAAUCCAAGAGGGGAAUGUUAAGAAGGAGAUAGACACAUCCUACGAAGCAGUCUCGUCAGAAAGCAAGCAGCUUCUCGAGGCUCUACAGCAACCGAUACUCGCCGGAGACGAACGGGAUUCGCCGGAAUUCUCCGAGGCCGCGUCUCAUGUCAUGGAACUAUUUUUGAACGUUCAUGAACAUCACAGACAGUUGGGGAUACUGUGGGAUGCUAAACAAUCCAGGCUUCGGGAAUUGAUUCAUCUGUUAACCCUCGAACAGGAUAUAACCCAGGUAAUCAAAUGGAUUGAUGAGCACGGAGAACCAUUCCUUGAUAAACAUACGGAUGUUGGAAUGACAUCAGAGAAAGCCGAAGCUCUGCUGAAACGUCACGAAGAGUUUGAGGCAAUUGCAAAGAACACUUACACAAACGCAAAUCAAAUCAAAGAAGCGAUCAAGCAAUUGCAAGACUCGGGUGAAUGUCGUCCUGACGAAGUACGAAAGAGAACUCAAUAUUUUGAUCGACGUGUUCAGAACUUUGUGCGUCGUGUUGAGGAGAGGAAAGAAAUACUUGAGCAAGCUGUAUCAUUUUAUUCCAGCACUAAAACGAUUCACGAAAAUGUCGACCGAGUGAAAGCCCAGCUGGAGAUCGAAGAACUGUCGGACGAUCCCGAUGAUAUAGCGAAGGUGCUUCUGAAAUUACGUCAUGAAUGCGAACGAGCUUUAGAAAACAUUAACCAAAGUAUCAACGAUGGCAGGCUCAUUGUUGAGCACGUGACCCGGGGAACGCAGGACGUCAAAACGUCCGGGUCAUGUGACCAUUUGGAAGAAUUGAUCUCAGAGCUCGAAGCGAAGAAAAACGUUCUUGAAAUGGCGUGGAUGAGAAGACGAGAACAGAUGGAGCUAUGGCAGCAGCUGUGGGAGUUUGAACGAGAUGGAGAGCAGGUGAAGAAUCACUUGGAAAGCUGUGAAGCGGAUCUCGAGAAGGGAGGCUUAGCCGACGAUCUGAACGGCGCGAAGCAAAUGCUUGAAUCAUUCCAGGAACAAUUGAAAGCUAUCGAUACGCUCUCGCUGAGAACUUUCUGCAAAGGCGAGGAACUCAUAGACCUUUUAAGGCAUUCUGACGUUGAGUUACGGGUUCGUAAUCCCAACACGCCGGAGACGAUAGACGCUCACCAUCACAUACAAAACUUACUCGAAUUUCUACAUCACCAACGAAGCUCGUUUUUGGAAUUUGCCGAGGCAAGAAAAAGAAAACUGGAACACAGACUUGGAUUGAAGAGGUUGGAGGCCGACACGAAACAGGCCAUUGGAUGUAUUAGGAAUGGCGAAAAUAUGUUGCUAUCAAAUAUUAUCCCUGGAUUCUCUUUUGCCGAAGCCAAGGACAGCCUCACGGAAUACGAACAGUUUAAAAAGGCUAUGGAGAAAACGAGGCAACGCGUGGCUUCUAUACAAAGUCGUGCAGACGAGUUAGUCAAACAAAAUCAUGCUACACCUGACCAAGUCAAAAAAUGCUCAGAUCUUGUGUUUACAAGAUGGCAACAGUUGAUGAAGAAAGCCAACGAAAAGCACCAAAUUGUUAUGGCGUCGUUCAACUUCUUCCAAACAUCAGAGCAGGUCAGCAGCCUGCUUCAGAAAGUGUUGAAAGAUUACAAAAUCGGCGAUGAUCCUUGUGCGCAGUACUCCGAACUGGAGUUGCGCGAUCGAUGCAGCGUGAUUACGUCAUUACUGGAGAACCACGCGCGGGAACGCGAGGAGAUUGCGAAAGGCCACGAAGCGGUGUACGGUUACGCAGACGCUUUCCUUAAGAACGUCUCGCCGACCACUGAGAAUGGCGGAAAUCUUGCCGCGGGCUUACCCAAUGACGCAAACAAGGAAAAAAUGGAACAGCAGGUGAAAGAAAUUUCAGAGUUGAUCCGAGGACAAAAGAAAUUUGCGCUGGAUCUUUGGAAUGUGAAGAAUACCGUUCUAGGGCAGUGCAAGGAAUUCCUGGACUUUGAAAGUAGUGCUAAACAGGCCUUGGAAUGGAUUCACGAUCAGGGAGAGUUUUAUUUGUCAUCGAACGCAACGAUCCCGGACAAUGAAGACGAGGCGAAGCAGCGUUACGAGGAACAUCAAAAAUUCACUGAAAUGUCAGAGGUAUAUGAGGAGAUCAGAGAAAAGGUGAAGUGCUUGCUUCAGGAUGCUGACGAACUGUACAAGCAGUCGUGUUUCCAUAGUGACGGCAUCACGCAAUGGGCGACAGCGGUCGAUAAAAGAUUCAAAGAUUUCACGAGUCGCAUGACGAAAUAUCUGAAUCAACUCGAGUCCAAACUGGGUUUCCCCAUCACGAAAUAUAGCGAGAAUGACGAGGAAAUGCCGGAUGUUUCGGUCUUGUCACAAGCUCAACAACAUCCACAGAGCCUCGCGAUACGUGAAAAGACGCUCAACUUACGAGAACUCUCUAAAGACAGCGGUAUUCACGAGCUCAUGGAAGAGGAAAAGAGGAAAUCUGCAAGAAGGAAAGAGUUCAUUAUGAACGAAUUGCUUCACACUGAAAGAACUUAUGUGGCUGAUUUGAAAUGUAUUAUUCAGAAUUAUAUGGAAGUGAUGUCUACAAACCCGAAUGUACCUCAAGGUCUGGUUGGAAAAGAAGAUGUUGUCUUUGGUAACAUCAAAGAGAUCUACGAAUUUCAUCAAAGCGUGUUCCUGAAUGCUUUGGAGAAAUACGAGACCCAUCCAGAAGAUGUUGGAGAAUGCUUUGCAGAAAAAGCAGAGGAAUUUAAGAUGUACGUGUUCUACUGCAAAAAUAAAACGUUAUCAAACAACCUGCUCAUCGAACAUGGAGCGACGUUUUUCUCGGAUCUGCAAGCGUCGUACAAUCAUGGUCUCUCCAUUGCUGCUUAUCUCAUUAAACCCGUUCAGAGAAUAACAAAAUAUCAACUCUUGCUUAAGGAUCUGUUGACGUGUUGUGAAGGUUCAGAAACAAGUCUCGAGGCUGGCCUUGAAGUCAUGUUGAGCGUUCCUCGACAAGCCAACGAUGAAAUGUCCAUUAGUUUGAUUCGAGGGUUUGAUGAACAUAUGCAUUGUUUGGGAAGAAUUCUCUUACAGGACGUCUUCUUCAUGUGGGAUGCCAAGUUAUUACGACGAAAAGGCAAAGAGAGACAUCUAUUUUUGUUCCAACAAGGUCUUCUUGUUACAAAAGAAGUGAAAGACGUUGACGGAAAAGUCGUAUACUUGUUCAAGUAUAAGCUGAAGUGUUCAGAACUUGGCGUGACUGAGCACAUUGCCGAAGACGGAUGUAAGUUUGCGAUAUGGACUGGACUGCCACCUAACAAUGACGAUAGGAAGAUACUUAAGGCGAACACACUGGAUGUGAAACAAAACUGGGUAAAACAACUACGUAGUCUUCAACAACAAUUUCAAUUUGGCGUUUUAAGAAGCAGAACCAUGUCGACCUGUUCAAAAGGCGCUUGGAAAAAUCCUGACAGAGAAAGCGGUGUCGUGGAUGACGACCGUGUGUCCUGGGAUUUCGAGUAUGGAGAUAAGGCUUGUGACGAGGGUUCUGCGACGGAGGUAACAUAUUACAGCGUGGAAAACUACACGAGAUUAGCCGAAGACGAGAUAUCUGUGAGAAAAGGACAAUUCGUCGAAGUCCUCGAGAGUCCAGCGAACAACUCGCGAUGGAGAAUACGGUUUAUAAAUCCCGAAACUGAGCCACAGAUUCAAGAAGGUUGGGUUCCGUCAGACGUGUUGAGAAGACAAGAAGAACCGAGGAGAAUUCGUCGCAAUUCGGACGGCUCCUUAUGCAGUAGCGAAGAUUCUAAUUCGUUGUCUUCCUGCAAUGACCUGAGUCCAGCUGCGUCUCUCUACAAUAGCCCAGGAGUACUCAACGGAGCGACAUCACCCCCCGUACGAAGGCGAGCGAAAUCAACAGGACAGUUUGGUACUCUGCGUAUGAAACCUUGGAGACGAGAUUCAAUGAAGAAAAGUACAAAAUCCCUCCAGGCCUCUCCCGUACCGCGCAACACCAGGAUCUCUGGCGGAGGAAGCAAGAAGCUUCAGGCAUUACUUGGCGCUAGUGAAAAUGACAUCGAUCUGUUAAUCAAGACAAAAUCACCAGCGCCAAUUUCCCCACACAAGAAUGGCGGGUCCUUGGAAGAAGAUCUGUCACUUCCUGAAGAGACUCACGGGCAACUGGUCGCGGAAAACGGGCGUAACGGCUCGACGGAAAUAAUACACGACGAGACGGAGGAAAUACGACAGAGCAAAGAAAGUCUACAAAGCAAGGGAAGUUCCGAGGAUUGUCUACGUGAAAGUAACGAAAGUUUAUUAAACGAUGAAGAGGAUGACAAGGGGAAUGGUGUCACUUGCGAUGAGGAAGACAACAAAGAUUGCGAGAGUCAGGAAGAUAAGGAAGCGAUUGCUCUGAAAAAAAGGAUGUAUGUCAUCAAAGAACUCAUUCAAACUGAACAGGAUUAUGUGACGGAUCUUGAAUCUGUCGUCGAGGGAUACAUACCAGAAUUGUCGAAAGACGACGUCCCUGAAGAGUUGAAGGGAAAGGAAAGAGAAAUAUUUGGAAACAUGAGGCAGAUCCUUGAAUGGCAUAAAAGUUUCUUCUGUAAAGAGCUUGAGAAAUGCGAAGACGCACCUGAACGAAUUGGAACCGUUUUUCUUAAAGCCGCAAAACGUUUAGAAAUGUACAUUCAUUACUGUCAGAAGAAGCCGAAGUCUGAAGGACUGGUUAGAGAAUUUGAAGACACGUAUUUCCAGGAUUUAAAAACCCGUCUUGGCCACCGAUUGGCUCUCUCAGACUAUUUGAUUAAGCCUGUUCAGAGAAUCAUGAAAUAUCAACUUUUACUGAAGGAUAUUUUAAAAUACACAGAAAGAGCCAACUUGGAGUCGACCGAUCUCAAAAGCGCUUUGGAUAUCAUGCGAGUUAUCCCGAAAAAGGCAAACGAUAUGAUGAAUGUUGGGAUGUUGGAAGGAUAUUGUGGUAACAUCAAGGCUCAAGGCGACCUCAUCUUGCAAGAUAUUGUGCAAGUGGCUGAUUACAAGGCGAAAACAAAGCCGGCCAAAAGACGUGUGUUUGUGUUCGAACAAAUGAUCAUAUUCAGCGAACCUUUUGAGAGAAAGAAAGAUUGGACUGUCUUCAUAUAUCGACACAGCAUCAAGACCAACUUCAUGGGUGUGACGGAGAAUUACGGUGACGAUCCAUGCAAGUUCGCAAUUUGGACUCACCGUAGUCCGAGUGAAAUAUACGUGCUGAAAACGGAAACACCAGAAGAUAAAUUGAAGUGGAUUAAAACUUUGAAACAGUUACUGGAGCACUUAAAACAAUUUGCAAAUGAAGACGAUGAUGAUUGUUGUAAUGACUCCUUAAACGAACUAAAUGAUUUUGACGAAGCUCUGGUGAAUCCUAUCGAAUAUCAAGGUGGAAACUUUGAUCCUCUAGGGAUAAACAGCGUUACGACUUCAGAAGGUCAGGUCACACCACCGGCCGUUACUGAAGAGAAUUCACGGAACAAUCUCAUUUCUCCGGCAACCGUCACGCGACGACACAGCUCCGCAAGCAAGACAAUGAGUGUGCCUACUCCGAAUCAGGUCAGGCAUUUUAGUCUUAUUCCACUCGAUACGGCGAAGACUCUAGAAGGACUAACAGGAGUUUUUUCCGAAGGGCGAGGGAAAGACAAAUACACAGCCACGUCUGACUACAAGGCCAAAGCGAAAGAUCAAAUCACUGUGAAAAAAGGCGACAUCGUUUACGUAGUUUCAAGCAAGAAACACGACAAGAAAUGGUUGUAUGGUCACGUUUCCGGGAGUGAAACCUUCGGACUUGUCCCAGCGCGUGUCUUGCACAAGGACCCGGAUGAAAAUCACGUGAAUGAAGACGAUUUGGUAAUGAACGGACCAGACAAAUCAAAACUAUCUCGCAAACACAGUUUUCCGAACAGCGCUCUACGCCGGGUAACGCAGAAAAAAACGAAACAAGACUUCUUCAGUCAUAUCUCAACGCAGCUUCGUGACAGCAUCGAGAAAUUCCAACACGAUUUCCACGACGAUGAGUUACUGGAUGGGGCAUCUGAACAAUUACCAAACGGAAGCGCUGUAAAAGAAACGGGUCCUCGAUGUCGCCUUGAGUUAAGGGAUGCGAUCAUCAAUCGUCCCAACACUCUGCGUCUGUCCUGCGAAAUUGUGGGAAAUCCCGCGCCGACGUUUCAUUGGGAGAAAGACUCGAAGCCCCUCGCGGCCACGGAACGAUUGAAGAUCACGCAGGAAUCGCAACGCAGCACGCUCGAGAUCACGAGCAGCGAGUUUGAGGAUAGCGGCGUCUACACGUGCACCGCAGUCAACGACCACGGUCAGGUGACGACGUCUUGCAUUGCGCAAGUCCGAGAUAAGCCCUCAUCACCUUCGAAACCGACCGUUACCGAGAUAACAUCCUCGUCGGUCAUCGUAAAAUGGAAUCCUCCUGCGAGCGAUGGCAAUAGUGCUAUUACCGCGUACACUGUCGAAUGUAAAGAGACUGGGGUUAGUCAUUGGCAAGCACCAGUCCCAUUCGUUUCGACGACAUCCACGGUCGUUGAUGAUCUCACUCCAGGUUCAGUGUAUCAGUUCCGAGUCAGUGCAAACAAUGUGGUCGGAAUUAGUAAACCCAGUCCCCCAACGGAGUCGAUAACUCUCGAUGUCGGUAAUGACAAACGAAAUUCAUGAUAAUCGCCCAAUUGGCCAAGAGUCCUUUCAUAUUUGACUAACUGUGCGCUUCCUCUUAAAUAUGAUGAAUUUAAAAACAGAUAACGUCUAUAACGACCGCUAUCAAAUGGCGUAAACACUAAUUAUUUGUAACAAGAAGACAUACUGGUAUACAUAAACUGUAUAAAUAUAUUAUAUUUAUAUACAAAAAUAACUUGUAAAUAUACUACAAUUGGUUAAUCAAUAAACUAAUCUCAAGGAAAGUAUAAAUCUGUUGCAAAUGGGAAUCGUAUCGCCGUUCAAAGGCCUGUCUUGUUGAGAGAGUGAAAAGAUCAAAACCACAACAAAUUGGAUAUGACAGCUUCAAUGAAUUAUUAAUUGCUAUUCAGCGUUGCAUUGUAUAAUGCAGACACUUCAGAACACAGGCAAUUUUUUUUAAAAACAAUGUCUAGUGUUCUCUCUUUUGAAACGAAAUGACUGCCUCUUGAAGGUUCGCACUUACGGUUUAAGCUCUGACAAGCCUUCACUACAUGUACAUCUUAAAGGGAGGAUUAGAUGUCCUCCAUUAAUAUUUCUGUUACAAUAUUAGCACACAGUCGACAGACCGCCCUUUAUGACUCAUAAUUAUCACUCAACUGGAAUAAAUUUUAGACUUAGACGCACCGAAAUUGAAAAUUAUUCGCAAUGAGUGACAUUAAUUAUUCCAUCUUGAGUGCUCUCAUAGGUCUGUCCGAACCAAUGCUUUCAAAUGCUAAAUUUUGUAGCUUUCAUUUGGUUCGACAAGGCUCUAAAACGUCGUGCGCCAUCAUAUUUUCGCCAAAGAAACUUAAUUAUUUGGUCACCAUUGACCAAACGAGUCGAUAAUCCAUACUCUCAUCAACAAGACAGGCCUUGGUUAGGCGUUAAAAUUUAAUCAAUUUAAAAUAAUGUCAUAAGUUUACAUGUUAAACAAGCAGUCGGCAUCCGCCAGUGCCAUUUAAGGAAGAGUGAAGGUAAACAAUAAAUAAUGAUUAAAUAAAUUUCAAUUAAACUUGACUAUAAACACGAGUUUAAACCAUUAAACAUGAAUUGGAAGUGUGUAAAAGCGAUUUAAUGAAGAAAGAUUCGUUGUAAUAACAGAGUUCGGAGUAAAAACUAAACGAAAUACUAAACGAAAUUUUGCUAAGCAUUCUGUAGAUAAGGAAUGCUUUUUUAAACCGUAAAAUUGUCUAAAAGUUUAAAAGAUAAACAAAGUUCCCUGAGUCGCGUUUAAAUUCUAGUUAUCAUAACACAGAAGUGGUUACAGUUUUUCGAAAUUAUAGUCAUUGAGGGAAAGAAAUGCAUGUUUGUUUAAUUAAGGAAAAAAUUUGGACAAAGGGCUUUUGUUUCAAGUGUUAGUUCCUGCCUGUGUUCAGUCUAAUAUCACGCACGCACGUCCAUACAUUUCAAAUUUGCAUACAUCUUCAAUUUUCAGCUUAUCAUUUUAAUCCUCUAAUCGUGAA